AUGUCGUCGAUUGACUCAAACACUCCCUCGACCACCAAGGUCGAGACUGAGACUGAAGUCAGAUUUAAGAGGUCACAAGAUGCCCCCAGUGAGCAAGUCGUACUCAUGGGCAAGAUGAGUCCUGGUGUUGCCCGCAUUGAAGCAAUCAAUGCCCACCUCACCUCUUUCGAUCGCUGGUUCCUUGGUAUUGGUGUCUUCUUGAUUGCAUACGCCUAUGGUCUGGACGGUACCGUCAGAUACACGUAUCAGAGCACUGCCUUGUCCUCGAUUGGAGAGCACUCCCUGCUUUCGACCGUCAACAUCGUACGCACCGUCAUUGCUGCCGCAGCUCAGCCUACAGCUGCCAAGAUUGCCGAUGUCUUCGGUCGUGUCGAGCUCGUCUACCUCUCCAUCUUCUUCUACCUACUGGGUACCGUUAUUGAGGCUGCUGCACACAACGUUGGUACUUUCGCCGCAGGUGCCAUUCUGUACCAAAUCGGUUACACGGUUGUUACUCUGCUCGUCGAGGUCAUCGUGGCAGAUAUUACUUCUUUGAGAUCUCGUCUGGCCUGGUCAUACAUUCCUGCCCUGCCCUUCUUGAUCAACACCUGGGUUUCUGGAGACAUUACUUCUGCCGUAUUGAAGGACACCACCUGGCGCUGGGGUAUUGGAAUGUGGGCCAUCAUCUACCCCAUCUGCGCCAUGCCCCUCGUUGCAGCUCUCUUCAUCGCCUCUGGUCGUGCGAAGAAGGCUGGCGCCCUGAACAACUACCAGUCUCCUUUCCAGCGCAACGGUUUCGGUAGCACUCUCGUUGCUCUGUUCUGGCAACUCGAUGUCAUCGGUAUCAUUUUGAUGAUCGCCAUGUUUGCCCUCAUUCUCGUGCCCUUCACCAUUGCUGGUGGUCUUUCGGACACUUGGGGAACCGCUCACGUCAUCGCUCCUUUGGUCAUUGGUAUUUGCCUUAUUCCAGUCUUCGCCAUCUAUGAAAGACGCGCUCCUCACCCUCUCGUACCCUUCCAUCUUUUGAAGGACCGCAGUGUUUGGGGUGCUCUUGGAGUUGCUUGGAUGCUCAACUUCAUCUGGUACAUGCAAGGAGGCUACCUCUACACUGUUGUGGUUGUUGCCUUUGACCAGAGCGUCAAGUCCGCCACUCGCAUCACCUCCCUCUACAGUUUCGUCUCAGUUCUGACUGGAGUUUGUCUCGGUCUUCUCGUCCGAUUUGGCAUCCCUCUUCCUGGCAAGCGUGUCCGCGUCCCCUACCUGAAGCCCUUCAUCGUUUUCGGUACUUUGAUGUUCAUGGUUGCCUUUGGCAUCUUGCUCAGAUUCAGAGGUGGACUUAGCCAAAGCUCUUACGCUGGAGUCAUCGCAGCCGAGGUUGUAUUAGGUUUCGCUGGCGGUCUUUUCCCUUACCCCGUCCAGACCCUCAUCCAAGCAGCCACUCAGCACGAGCAUCUUGCUCUGGUCACUGGUCUCUACCUUGCAACCUACAAUAUCGGAUCGGCAUUUGGCUCAACAGUUUCUGGUGCCCUGUGGACUCAGGUUCUCCCUGGAGAGCUUGAGCGCAACUUGGCUGCUGUCACCAACAACGCUACCGUUGCUGUCUACGCAUACAGCAAUCCUCUGUUCUUCAUUCUCGACUACCCCGUCGGCACUCCUGAGCGCGACGCUGUCAUUGUCUCAUACAGACAUAUCCAGCGCCUGUUGUGCAUCACUGGUAUCUGCCUUUGCGUUCCUUUGAUCGUCUUCUCGCUAUGUCUCCGCAACCCUCGUCUCGGCAAGGAGCAAUCUCUCCCUACUGCCGAGAAGACCGUAUCCGAGACCUCAAGUGAGGCUGGUGUUGUGCAAGCCUCGACCAAGAGUGGGUUCCUCAACAAGCUGUUCUAA